AUGUGUGGUAUACUCCUUCAUUAUCAUCCACAUCUAAACGGUGACAUUGAUGACGAGUAUGCUGAAUUUGACGAAUCAGCUUUAUAUAACAAGAAGUUGUCAUGUAAUAAUUCAUCAGCGAAAUUUAAUAAAAUGAUUCCAUAUAUUGUGGAUCGAGGACCAAAUUUUGCUUCAGUUAGGACAUCUAAAGCGCAUGGAAUCACUUGGUUUUCUUCAGUGCUGUCAUUGAGAAGGCCACUUUGCAAGCAGAGCAUUAAAGUGCAUGAUAGGUAUAUUCUUCAAUACAACGGUGAGCUUUACAAUGAUGAUAUAUCUCACAAUGACUCCCAAUAUAUUGCUGGCCUGCUUGAAAAAUUGCCAGUAGAUGUGGUAUUGCGGCGGUUAUAUGGUGAAUUUGCGUAUUCAAUUUACAAUACAAAGACCAAGUGCAUAUAUUUUGGGAGAGAUAGCGUUGGAAAACGCAGCUUGAGCUAUCACCAGGACAAUGAAACGGGCGAGUUGUUUAUCACAAGUGUUAGUGGUAAAUUGGAAGGGUUUAAAGCUUGCGAUGCAGGGAUAAUAUACGUGUAUGAUACCGUGAGAAGGACAUUGUACAAUGAUAUGCGUCUUAGAGAAUACUAUCAAGUCUCCGGGACACACGAUACUGAUGUUGAACUUCUUCAAUCCAAUGUUGAUCUUUUGUACAACAAAUUAUACGAUUCUAUCAACAAACGAUUAACAACCAUUGAACCACUUCAUGAAGAAAAUAAGACUCACGUUAGUGUUCUAUUUUCGGGUGGCUUAGAUUGUUCAGUAAUUGCUGCUUUAAUUUGUGAGCAGUGGAAAGUCAAUAGUGAUGCAGUGUUGGAAUUACUAAAUGUGGCAUUUGAGAACCCAAGAACUGGUAUGAAACCCUCCGAGGCACCAGAUAGAAUCUUGUCCAAGAGAUCUGUCAAAAUACUGCGCAAACUUUACCCGCAGACUAAGAUUAAACUUGUGGAGGUAGAUGUAUCCUACGAUGAUUAUUUGAAACACAAACCUGUAGUAAUUGAUUUGAUGUACCCAAAGGAUACAGAAAUGGACUUAUCUAUAGCCAUAGCCUUUUACUUUGCUUCCAAAGGCCAUGGUAGUUUACAGGAGGGUGAUAAGACGAUUUCAUAUCAAAGACGUAGCUUAGUUCUUUUCAGCGGUCUUGGCGCAGACGAAUUAUAUGGUGGCUACCAUAAAUUUAACAACAAAAGUCCGGAGUUAUUGAUAAAAGAAUUAACCAAGCAAAUCAACAAUAUAUAUGAUAGAAAUUUGGAUAGAGAUGACAAGUGUAUGGCUUGCAAUGGUAUUGAAAUUCGUUAUCCCUUCCUGGACGAAGAAGUAAUUAACUUAUCAACAUCCUUACCCAUUAAUUACAAGACAAACAAAAAUAUUCUCAGGCUGUUAGCCACCAAUAAGCUUCAAUUGAUGGAUAUCGGUGAAGAACCCAAAAGAGCUAUCCAGUUUGGCGCAAAAAGUGCCAAAAUGACAAAGGAGAGCAGCAGUAAGAAGGGUACUAGUGUUAUAACGCCAUAG